GUUGUCAACAGAGGAGCAGAAGGGAGCAGGAGAGCAGCGGCUUUAACGCGACUGCGGAGCUCGGAGGAGGAGGAAUGGGCUGCACUCAGAGCAAGAAGAAAAGCAAAGGCAAGAAAGGAGAGAAGACUCAGAAGGCAAACAGCCGGCAGGAUGAUGAAGCAGGUAAACGUACAUCAGGAGAGCCAGAUGUGUGUCUGGAGAAGCAAUUGGAGCGGUUCGAGUGGCAGCUGAGGAUUUUAAAGGAGGCCAAUGGAAACCCAGAGAGGGUGGAGCUACUGAAAGACCAUGCUGAUGAAGAACUGUGUGCCCUCGUACUAAGCAUCCUCGACAAGGUGAAAACGGAGACAACGGCCGAUUUGAACGUCUUGCAUGAACAGAAGAGUAAAUCUGCUACAGAGGAUCAUGAGAGGCACGUGGAAGAGCUGCAGAGGAGACACGAGCACGAGAAAAAUAAGCUGAUAGAAGAGUUUCAGGCAGCUGAAAACGUUCUCAAGGCUAAAGUGAAGGAGCUGAUGGCAGAGCUGCAGGUUUAUAAUGAACUGAAGAGACGAGUCGAAGAAUCUACGUUUAAGAAGGACCUGCAGAGGAAUAUUCAGGCUCAUGGGAGCCCAGGUGCAUUCUGGGAGUCUGAGCAGGAGUCCCUGGUGUUUGUCAUUGAGAUGAAGAGUGAGCGCGUGCAGGACCAGAACAGGAAGCUGCAGCAGAUGGACACUCUGGUGGAGAAGAAUUUGGCUUUGGAGGACCAGGCCGUCCACAUCCUGCAGCAGAACGAGGACCUGAGGGUCCGGAUAGAAAACUGCCAGACUCUCAUUCAGCAGCUAUCAAAGGAGCAGCAAGAGCUGAAGGUGGCUCUGGAGAGGCAGGUAGCCGUGAACCAGAAGCUUUCUCAGGAAAAAGAGCAGCUGAUGUUCAAGCUGAGACACAGGGACUCGUGUCCGACCAUCCACCUGCCCGCUGUGACUCAGGAGAUCGCGCCGAGAUGACCGACUGUGUGUCGGACCCCCGAAUCAUUCAUCGGCUGGUGUGCAGCUGUUCUGGUUUCAAUAACAGUAAAGACUCAAACAGGGCGAGAACUGCCAACCAUCUGGGUUCAGGUUAAAGGAGCGCUGGCUCUGCCUUCAUCAAUGCUGAAAACAUCAGUUUAACUGCAGAAAACGGUUCUUAUGCAGUUAACAAGGUUUACAAAUUAAGUCUGGGUCCUCUAAGAUCACUGGGAGCUUUGAAUGUUUACAGCUACAUGUACGAACUGUUUGGAGCCAGACAGAUGUUUUUCUUUUUUGGAUCAUUGCCUUCCUGAUGGUUUAAAUGUUACAGGAAGAGUCAAACUGAAAUACUGAACAGAGAAUUUGAUUUUAUUACAGAGCAAAGACAGACUGAUCAGUGUAGCAGAAAUGCUCACUCAAUCCAUAAAGUAAAGCUAGCACAAAGUUGAUUAGCUGAUGUAUAAAACUCCACUACGCAAUUCAAGCAAUGGAAUUUUUUUUCUGAAAUUUUCAUGUGACAAAACAACAAAAACUGGUGAUUCAAGAACUCCUGGUGGCGCUGUAUAAAACUGCAUCACAUACUGCGAGCAGCUGCUAGCUUAGCUGAUACUUCAUCAGGUGCACAUUUUCGUCAGUUCUGCACCUCCAACUAGCUAUCAAUUUACAUAUUAAUUAAACUUCUUCAGCUCAGAAUCCAGAUAUUUCUUAAAUUAAAUUAAUAAAACUGACUAAUAUAAGUUUUAAUAAUAUUUCUACAUUUACUGAAUCUGCAGGCCUUACAGUUCUGGAAACUGAGAAACAUAAGAAAGAUAAACUCUUUGUGAUCAGUGCAGUGAGCAGUGCUUAUGAGUCUUUGUUCAUUUGGUUUUGUGCCUUCUGUGGUCCUUCUACCAAAGUGCCUUCCAUCAUGACUCCUAAGUGCUGAUCAAAGAUCUCAUGAACCUCUUUGUUGGUAGAGUUCAUCAGCUAUCUCCUGGGUCAUGAGUGCCUCGCUAAGUUUUCCAGCCAGCUUUGAGUUGAACGGUAUUUAAUGCAUGUGAGGUAGUUGAAGGUUCAGAUGUAUUUAACCUCUCUAAGGACUCCUUUAGAAACUAGGUUUGUUGAUGGAGCCAUAAAAUCUGAGACUUUUGAAUCUUUACAGAUUUCAAGAGUUCUAUCAAAGGCCCAUUUUACUUGGAUGAUUUGUGCAUUUGAUGAGCAUCUUGGAGAUCCUCAAGAGAAACCAUGAGUAGAACUUGGUGGCUUUCCAGUAUAGCACUGUUUUAGCACGUAACUUUCUCUGGGGUCUCCUUUACCCCUUUUUUUUGUUUGCUUGUAUGUUUUUUUUUUUUACUAACCUGCUGCUGUCACAAAGCUAAACAACUGAAAACCUGGGGCUAUCUCCAGCAAUGACAGGACCCACAGACUCUGCCACUAUUUUUGUCAUUUCAUGGAAAUCACCCUAAUUUCUACUGGUAACAUUUGGUGGUCAAAAUAUGGAUUAUUUUUCAUAUUAGAACACCAGAACCACUCAUAAAGGUGAGCGAGGCUUGAAUGCUGACUGUUUGAACUCUGAAAGGACUAGUACAGUUACUGAUGUGCAGUGGAGCCUUAUGAACAAAGGAAACAGGGAAAUGCUGACACCAUUUGUUGGAGAGAUGCUUAGCAUUUCAUAGAAGAUGCUUUCAAGUUUUUCUUUCAUUGCAAUACUUUAAAAGUCACUACCAUUUUCUGCAUAUUUAAAGGUAAUAUUUGAAAUCUGUGUGCCUGGAUAUUGUGCUUGAAGAUUCGGGGUUUUUGUUUUGUUUUUAAUUGUAGUUGGUUCUCACAGUUUUUCUAAAACACCUCUUGAUGUUCAGUCAACACCUUUUAAUUUACAGCAUCAGUAAUUGUUCAUGUGUACACAUUUAGAGUCUUUAGGAAUUCAAAAACCAGUACUACCUGUUGCAGUCGGUUAGUGUUAACAUAUAAAUUAUUAGUGCAUUUACCUGUUAGUGUUAGCACUAUUAACAUCACCAGGAAAAAAAGGUGAAUGCCAGAGUGCUAACUACAGUAUUUAAUAACUUGCACAUUCAUGUGGAGGAUAUUAUUUUAACUUAAGAGUUUUUCUCACUGAUUGUUGGUACAAAACCAUAUUAAUAGUGUUUGCUACCUAUUAUUCUUUGAACAGUUAUGAAACAUAACAGCUGAAAAACUGGCAUGAGGUUGCACAAUAAAAAAAACUCUGCUUUAUUACCCCAUGAGCUACUGUGGCUGGCAAGCUAUCUGCUAACCUGUUGGCUAGCUGCAGUCGUAGCUUAGCUAGCUUGUUCAUGUCAUAUUAGCGUUAGAAUGAUUAUCACUUUCAUAGUAUAUUUACUGUUUAUAUAUAUAACCAUUUUAACAUGUGCAUUAGUUAGCUAGCUAGCUUAGCUGCUGAUCAAACUAUAAGUUACAGCAGUUUAAGUCACACAAGAUCAGUAACAUUCCUUUCUACAUCACUUUACAAAUUAUUAAAUAAUUUUAGUGGCGUGUAGGGCUGCGUUAGCUAACUGUUAAUAUGCUGGCUAGCCACGAUAACUAACAAAGGUUAGCAGGCUUGCUGUUUGGAAGUUUACUGCUUUAAGUUAUUCAGUAAAAUGAUGUGAACAUGGAGUUAAACUGCCACCAGUUAAAAUUAUUUAAACCAUGUAAAUCUAAAGUGUCCUAUUCUGUAUUUCUUUGUGAAUCAUGUUAAUCAUUAAUUUCAGCAGACUGUGUAAAAUGCUAACAUGCUAGCGUCCUCCAUUUUUGCAGAGUUCUCUAAAUUUCUGUUUUCCCAAUGGGGACAUUUACAGUUCAAACGGUUUAAUUUACACCAAGAAAAACUUGAUUGCAAAAACAGAAAACAAAUCACUGUAUACAUGCUUAUUUU